AUGACGGCUGCUCAGGCCGGGGUACGCCAGCGGUAUUUGCCGCGAAUGGGCGUCUUCCAGGACUCCGUGCAGCAGUGGAUGGAGGCGAUGCAGCAGCGGAUUCUGCCGGCCAAGGAGGACGCGGCGGAGGUGCUGAUGCGUGCUGCCGAGCUGCAACAGCAGCAGCCCACGCUGGUGAAGCUGCAGGUGCCAGUGGGUGCUACCCUGCACGUUGUGGGAGAUCUACACGGGCAGUUCUGGGAUCUGCUGCACAUCCUGCAGAUCUGCGGGGAUCCGUCGCCGCAGAACCAGUACCUCUUCAACGGCGAUUUCGUGGACCGGGGUCAAUACUCCGUGGAGGUGGCUUUGCUGCUCUUGUCCUUGAAGGUGGCUCACCCCAUGGCGGUGCACCUCAACCGGGGCAACCACGAGGCCGCACGAAUGAACGCGCUGUACGGAUUCAUGCAGGAAACCGAGCAGAAGUACAAUAUCGAGAUCUUCCGGCUUUUCACGGAGGCGUUCAAGAAUCUACCUCUGGCCACGGUGGUGAACGAAUCAGUCUUCGUGGUGCACGGGGGGCUUAGCUCCAAGGACGGCGUGCUGCUGCGGGACAUCGCCGCGCUGGACCGGCGGCGGGAGCCCGACGAGGCGGCGGAGCAGCUGAUGCUGGAUCUGCUUUGGUCCGAUCCCAUGGACAGCCCGGGCCGGCAGCCCUCCCCACGUGGCGGCGGGGUGCUCUUUGGCCCGGACGUGACUGAAAGCUCCUCGGCCGGCUGGGUCUUUUCCCAAAGCCCAAAGCCAAAGGAACGCCAAUCAGUCUUCUAA